ACCAGAAAGUGAGUCGGAUUCGGACGAUGAUGUCGAGAUUGCUUCAAUGCGAGAAAAGCUAGCUCAGCUUGAAAAAGAGGGGAAGAAGCUAAAGAAACAGCAAGAGAAGGAACGUUUAAGAGGGCUCCUGGAAGAAAAGAAAGACAACAUCUUCAAACUCAAGGAAUACAGAAAAGUAAUUAUUGUUGGAGAUUCCAUAAUAAAACAUUUGCCACCGUUGGAGGGAGUUGAAGUUUACGCAUUUCCAGGCGCUACCAUAGGGAGGUUACAACACCUUAUUAACACCAUGAGAAUCCCUUUACAUCAAUUUAACUAUGUGAUUUUUCAUGUUGGUACCAAUAAUAUUGGUAAGGGUUUUUCGGUUUCACACAUGUGCUCUGAUAUGGUGAAUCUCAUAUCGCAGUGUCGUAAAAUAUCUCCUAGGAUUCAUAUCAUUAUUUCUUCCAUACUCCCUCGACCGGUGGACAACGAAAUCACUGAUGAAAGAAUAAAAUUUAACGCUAAAGUUGAAAAAGUUUUAUCAGUUGAUCUUGGGGUAAAGUUCAUCAAAUCCUACAGACCAUUUUGUUUUAAAGGAGAGAUCAAAAGAUAUCUGUUUGCCAGAUUAGACGGUGGUUUACAUUUGAACAAUGAAGGUUCAAAUCGUUUAGGACAUUUUUUUCAUCGAUUUAUCUCGACUCUCAAUUAUUAA